GACUAUUCCAAAACCGACGUGUUGCUCAUCGCGCGGCGGACAACACAUCACUCUUGGAAUAGUCAUGUUAUGCGCACUGAUAAUCGCAUCGUCUAAAGGAAUUCUUUCCAUCAAACUACAUCAAUUUUACAACACUCUUUUUUAAGAUGACCCCUCGAAAGAAACGGCCUAUGCCCUCUUCCGUCACCAGGGAAAGGACUAGCAAAAGCACUCAACAGCCUUUGACCAAUGGUGAGGUGAUGAACGUUUUACGCAAGCUUCCACCGACUCAGCCCUUCGGUUCUUUUGAGAAAAACGAAGAUCGCGAAUUCUUUCGAAAGCUGUAUCUCCCUUUACGGAAAGCUUUCACUACAACUACGUCCAGCUCUCAAACGAACUGCUCUAGAGUCUGUCGAAUAGAUCAACUCGAAGUACUUCCAAGCCUCCAGGCUCGGUUCAGUGAAUUUGAGAAGGAUCCCCUUCAGUUCUGGGAGAAUAUCGCCAAAACAUUGCCAAAGUAUAGUGGUCUCGAAACCCAGAAUAGAGCUCGAACUUUCCUCGAAGGAGCAGCGCAACUAGAAGCCAAUAUUGAAGAGCAACGUAUUCUUCGCAGAUUCGUGGCUCUUUCGGCCUACAACCUCUUUCGGCGAGCAUUUCCAAUGGCAUCCAAUGAUCGGGUUUACGACUCCAACGUCAAGAAAUUCCUCACUCGAGUCGGACUGCCUAAAGAAAACUACAAUGAGUAUGGGGAUAUAAUUCGACGCGGACAAAGACACAAGGGGUUUUGCCACAGACUGAGAGAUGGCUCUGGAGAUGGGGAAGAUUAUGGUGCAUUGUUCUUUCCGUCUAUCCCGGACACUAUUUGGGACGUUGGAGGUCUCAGAGAGAAAGACCUUCAAUCGUCUAUAGAGCAUUUACAAAAAUUGAAAAUCAGUGAGCAAUCAGUAAAAUCGAAUGCGAAUCGGAUAGCUCAAACUCUUCUUGAUUAUCAUGCUGGAUUGAUCUGGGUUCCCGGAAGCCCAAAUCCGCCAACCGCCAAACAGGGGGACAGGGAACCAAACCGCUCCAGGAAACGACGACACUCCCGUGAUACUAGAGGCUCAUGCGAAUCGUCAACCCCUGAAUCUUCGGGGCCUGAGGGGAGUCACGUUGACUGGGAUCUCCAUUUGUCAGACUUUGACGAGGUCCUUGGUCCGGUGCUUGAUUUAUAUGACUUCGAGUUCGUUGAACCAGAGUCUACGGGCUAAAGUGGCUGGACAGAAUAUCCUUAUUUCUCCCUAAAUAGCUUUGAAUACAGUAGCGAAUUUACUGUCAAACAUUUGUCUUCUUGACCUUCCAAACGAAAUAGACUAAAUCUCCCUUCACUUCCACGCUGACCUUCUUAGAGAAGCACACUUUUGACCCAU